GUGAGAUAUAAUAGGUUUAUCUUGCGAUAUUAAAAUGUUGCAGGAAGCUUCCGAGGGGGCGGAUGACGUCACGCAGAGACACGUCACCACACGGAAGCAGCUUUUAGAGCACUCAACCUACAAGACAAGUCUCGUGGUCUUUUCAAAAAAAAUGGGUGGCUUCUUCUCCAGUCUCUUCUCAGGCCUUUUUGGAACCAGGGAGAUGAGGAUUCUGAUCCUGGGUUUGGACGGCGCAGGGAAAACUACCAUUUUGUACCGGCUGCAGGUUGGGGAGGUGGUGACCACAAUUCCCACAAUUGGCUUUAACGUGGAGACCGUCACAUACAAGAAUCUGAAGUUCCAGGUGUGGGAUCUGGGAGGCCAGACAAGUAUCCGGCCAUACUGGCGGUGCUACUAUUCCAACACAGAUGCGGUUAUCUACGUGGUCGACAGCAGCGACCGCGACCGAAUGAGCAUCUCCAAGUCUGAGCUUGUGGCCAUGUUGGAGGAAGAGGAGCUGAAGAAGGCCAUCCUGGUGGUGUUUGCAAACAAGCAGGACAUGGACCAGGCAAUGACGCCGACUGAGGUGGCCAACGCUCUGGGUCUCCCCGCCCUCAAAGACAGGAAGUGGCAGAUUUUCAAGACCUCAGCGACCAAAGGCACAGGCCUGGACGAAGCCAUGGAGUGGCUGGUGGAUUCGCUCAAGAGUCGGCAGUAAAAUUAUUAAAAAAAGAAGACACUCGUCCUUUUUGUAAAUACCCUUCUGAAGGAAGCCUUGUGACUGACCUCGCUUCUCAUCAACUCCGGCCAAACCUGGGACUGAAAAGCCUCGCUUCUGCUGUUUACGUGAAGCAUUAUUUGAGCACAGUGAUGGACAAGUUUACACUUACGACUUAAAAAUAAAACUAAGUAACCUCGUAUGACAUUA